UUUAGAUAAAGCAUCCACACCUUUAAAUAGAACUGGCCUCCUGAUGUUGUGUGAUGAUGAGCACUUUUUGCCCAUAGAGUGAACUUUAUCUUGUUUUUGAGAGAACCUUAUUUUGGAGCUUUUAAAAUACAGAACAAUGGACAUGCAUGUGUUUUUCCUGCUUUGCAUUCUUGUGAUGCCUUAUUUUACAGACACAACUACAGCUAAAGCCAGAAAUCUUGCUUUAUACGGCAAGGCUACACAAUCAGAUCUGGUCCAGAAUCCUUGGUCAGCAAAUGGCCAUGCCAUUAAUGCUAUUGAUGGAAAUCGUGACUCAAAUUAUGAACAUGGAUCCUGUACUGCUACCAAAUUGCAAGAUGACCCAUGGUGGAGGUUAGAUUUACUAGAUAAGUACGUAGUGACCUCCAUAACUAUCACCAACCGAAAAGACUGCUGUCCUGAAAGGCUUGAUGGAGCAGAGAUACACAUUGGUAACUCUCUGCUGAACAACGGCAACAGCAAUCCACUGGCCGGAAAGAUUUCAUCCAUUCCAGGUGGGAGGUCCCUCACUUUCAAAUGGAAUAAAGGCAUUCCAGGCCGUUACAUCACCGUGGUCAUACCUGGAUCUAAUCGACUUCUUACCCUCUGUGAGGUCGAGGUUUAUGGUUAUCCAGCUCCUGAUGGUGAAAAUGUGGCUUUAAAAGGGAAAGCUACACAGAUUUCUCUCUAUGGAAACGGCUUUGCAUCCAGUGCCAUUGAUGGUAACAAAGAUGCUGUUUACAGUCAUGGAUCCUGUACCCACACUCUAAAUGACCUCAAUCCCUGGUGGAGACUGGACUUACUGAAAAAGCACAAAGUGUUUUUAGUGGUAAUUACAAACAGAGUAGACGCUGUUCCUGAAAGAUUGAAUGGGGCAGAAAUCAGAAUUGGAAACAGUCUGGACAACGAUGGCAAUAACAAUCCCAGGUGUGCUGUGAUCUCUUCCAUUCCUCCUGGUUUUUCCAAAUCCUAUGAAUGUGCUGGAAUGGAAGGACGUUACAUUAAUGUUGUUAUUCCAGGACGGGAGGAAUAUCUAACACUGUGUGAGGUUGAAGUGCAUGGAUCCCCACUGGAUUGAGAAGCACUUUAAUAAUAAUAUUAUUAUUAUUUAAAAGUAUUAAUUACUGGUAAUCAAAGUUUUAAUACUGAAUACCAAACAGAACUCAGAAUAGUAAUAAGUAGAGUAUAAAUUGUUAUCUUAAUCCUUUUUUUUUCUUGUUAGCUGUUAUCACAAUAUUUGCUCUUGCAAUUGAUAUUAUGAGAUACCAAAGAAAAAAAAUUAUAUAUAAAAAAACAACUCUUGCAAAAUGUAAAAAUGUGUAAAAUAACUCAUGAACACUUCAUUAUAAUAAAACUGCUUAUAAUAAAA